AGCGGGGGAACCCCCGGGGCUCCGGGCGCGCAGCCGCUCGGUGCAGGCACCGGCAGCCGGCGGGACCGCGCGGCGGCGCCGGGCACGGCUCAGGCGGCGCGGGCUGGGGCUGGGGCUGAGGCGGCACGGGCUGGGGCUGAGGUUGCUCGGGCACAGUUGAAGGUGCUCGGGCUGAGGCUGCUCGGGCACAGCUGAAGCUGCUUGGACUGAGGCUGCUCGGCACAGCUGAAGCUGCUUGGGCACGGGCUGAGGCUGCUCUCCCCCGCUCUCCCCGCUCCCCCGGCCCUGCCCCUCUCCCCGCUCCCCCGGCGCGCCGGGCGUGGCCCGCUCCGGCUGCGGCUGCCCGUCAGUGCCGCCCCCCGCUCGGAGCCUCCCGGCGCCGGGGCAGCGGCGGCACAGCCAUGUGAGAGGGACGCGGACCCGAGCCCUGCCGGAGCCGCGGCGGUGCCGGUCCUCCCGGCCGAGCGGGGUUUGUCCCUGGAUGGGCUUAGUCCGUAGGGAGGCUGCGGAGGGGCUCUGGGGCGCCGAGGGUGCCGGUGCGGGUACAAAAGGAGCCAGCUUCGCCGGGAGAGGAGGCUCCGGAGGCUGUCAGAGCAGCAGGCUGGGUCCGAGGAGGGGCUGCGGGCAGCCGGAGGUGUUCUGUGCUGGGGACAGCGGGACCGGCACCUCGCAUAAAUGCCUGCGGAACUCAAACAGAUGAAGGACCUAGCUUGUACUUCUGACUCCCAUGUGCAUGAACAAAGCCCCAGUAACCAGACUUCAAUAGCAAUGAUGCAAGAGCCUCAAGAAAUGGUGGAAGAGACAGUUACUGUGGAGGAGGACCCAGGCACUCCCACUUCCCACGUGUCUAUUGUCACUUCUGAGGAUGGAACCACAAGGAGAACUGAAACCAAGGUCACCAAGAUGGUGAAGACGGUGACCACGAGGACGGUGCGGCAGGUGCCGCUGGGGCCGGACGGGCUGCCCGCCAUGGACGGCUCGUCGCCCAUGGGCAGCUACACGGACUCCAUCGACAGGCGGUACCUGAAGAACGGCGAGCGCUUCAUCACCCCCCAGGCCUCGUCCACGCUCACCCGCUCCUACAACAGCUACAACGACUCGUACCCCGAGAGCCACGAGGGCCAGUACCGCCCCUACAUCGGCCACGACGGCUACGGAGACCUCUCGGACAACUACGGCAGCUUGUCCCGCGGCGUCAACUACCGGCCCCGCUACGCCUACGUGCCGGGGGGCUCCUACCGGCCCGACGACGGCAGCUUCACCCUGCCCAGCAGGAGGGACAACUACGGGCCCGUGGCGCAGCCGCAGGUGCCGGUGGGCAGCAGCGCUGACCUGAACCGCUCGCAGCCCGAGCGCUUCCAGCCGGAGCCCUACGGGCUGGAGGACGACAACCGCAGCCUCGGAGUCGACGAUGAGGGGUAUGAGCUGGACCCGGAUUACUCCACUGUGAACAGGAGGACGUCUGCAGGCGUGCCAGAGAGAGGAAGACCUCACAAAGGAAGGGGCUACGAUGACCCCAUCGAGACGGAGAUGGUGGAGGAGAGGAUCCCGUACCUGCACGGCGGCUACGUGGCGCCGCUGGCGCAGCCGGAGCGCGGCAGCAUGGCCAGCAUUGACCGCCUGGGCAAGCGCUCGCCCUCCAUCGACAGCAUCCGCAAGGACCCGCGCUGGAGGGACCCCGACCUGCCCGAGGUCAUCGCCAUGCUCAGCCACCCCAUCGACCCCGUCAAGUCCAACGCCGCCGCCUACCUGCAGCACCUGUGCUACGAGAACGACAAAAUCAAGAAGGACGUCAGGCACCUCAAGGGCAUCCCCAUCCUGGUGGGGCUGCUGGAUCAUCCCAAGCCUGAGGUGCAUCGCAAGGCCUGCGGGGCUCUCAGGAACAUCUCCUACGGGAAGGAUAAUGAGAACAAAGUGGCUAUAAAGAACUGUGAUGGGAUCCCUGCAUUGAUCAGGCUGCUGCGAAAAACAAACGACAUGGAAGUCAGAGAGCUAAUUACAGGCACCCUGUGGAAUUUAUCCUCCUACGAGCCGCUGAAGAUGGUGAUCAUCAACCACGGGCUGCAGACGCUGACCAACGAGGUGAUCAUCCCGCACUCGGGCUGGGAGAGCGAGCCCAACGAGGACUCCAAGCCGCGCGACGCCGAGUGGACCACGGUCUUCAAGAACACCUCGGGCUGCCUGCGGAAUGUGAGUUCAGAUGGAGCAGAAGCACGCAGAAGGCUGAGGGAGUGCGACGGCCUGGUGGAUGCCCUCCUUCACGCUUUGCAGUCUGCGGUUGGCAAGAAGGACACGGACAAUAAGUCUGUGGAGAACUGUGUGUGCAUCAUGCGGAACCUUUCCUAUCAUGUCCACAAAGAGGUCCCCGGAGCUGAUAAGUACCAAGAACUAGAUGCUGGUCAGACUACAGGCACAGGAGGCUCCCAGAAGAAGAAGAAAGAUGAUGCUGGUUGUUUUGGUGGAAAAAAAGCCAAAGGAAAGAAGAAUGGAGAUUUGGACAGGAAUUUUGAUACACUUGAUUUGCCUAAGCGGUCUGAAGCAGCAAAAGGCUUUGAAUUACUGUACCAGCCAGAUGUGGUCCGACUGUACCUCUCCAUCCUCACUGAAAGUCAGAACUUCAACACUCUGGAAGCUGCAGCAGGAGCUCUGCAGAACCUCAGUGCUGGCAACUGGACAUGGUCCACGUACAUCCGUGCGACGGUGCGGAAGGAGAGGGGGCUGCCAGUGCUCGUGGAGCUGCUCCAGUCUGACUCAGACAAGGUUGUGAGGGCUGUGUCCAUUGCCCUGAGAAACCUUUCCAUGGAUCGUCGCAAUAAAGAUCUCAUAGGUAGUUAUGCCAUGGGUGAGCUGGUAAGAAAUUUGCCCAGCAGGCAGCAGAGAUCUGCAAAGAACCUGGAAGAGGAUACAGUGGUUGCAGUGUUGAAUACCAUCCAUGAAAUCAUUACUGACAGCUCAGAAAAUGCAAGGUCUCUGAUCCAGACACAGGGCAUUCAGAAGCUGGUAGCUAUCAGCAAGUCAAGCCAGUCUCCCAGAGAAACAAAAGCUGCAUCUCACAUUCUUCAGAUGAUCUGGAGCUAUAAAGAGCUACGAAAUGCCCUUCAGAAGGAUGGGUGGAACAAGACACACUUUCAGUCUGUUUCUGCAGCUCCAAAGGGCUCCAAAGGUACUGCUGGCAGGUCUGGCUACGACGACAGCACUUUGCCUCUGGUGGAUAAAAGUCAAGAUAAUGAGAAGUCUGGGAGUCGUGAUAUGAUACCUAUGGAUGAACUUGGCCCAGAUGGAUAUUCUACCAUCGACCACCGGGACAAGGAGCGCAAGUACAAGACCAGCGAUAACACAGGAGAUGCCUCCGAGAAGGAACCUCUAAAAAAUGACACAAAUAGGAAAAACAUUAACAGGAGUAACAGGGCUUCGGUGAAUCUGGUGGAUGCCCGUGACAUUAAACCCCAGCCUGUUGACUCCUGGGUCUAAUUUGCAUGCAUGGGCUAAAGUCCAACCACAUUUUUUUUUAAUUGAGGGGGAGAAACAAACAUUGAAUCGACCCAGAGGAUCUCAUCAGUCACCACUGCCAUUCAGACUGGGAGGGCUGCAGGUCCCAGGAGGGCGUGGGGAGCGCACCCACCCGAGUGCCAUCGCCGAGCGGAGCACGAUGCCUUACAGCGAGACACUCUGCUGCUGAACUCCCUGACAUUCCCACCAGAAACAGCCAUCGCCUCCCCCUCCCUCCCUCCCACUCCUGCAACAAGAAAAGCAAGAAAAGAGAAUCCAAGCUUCCAUGUAGCUGGCUGCAUUCUUAGGUGACUCUUACACGUGGAUGGUGCCAAGCUGGAGAAGUGCAGGUCAUGCGGCAGCUUCACAGCAAGAGAGGAACUGCGGGAUGUUGAAAUGAUACCGUAGGUGUAGCCAUGAGGAGAAUAGCACUUUUCUGGUUUGGGGCUCAUUGCUUUGGGUUUUGUUUGGGGGAGUUUCUUUUGAACUGUGACUCUUAACGUUUUUGAAGGCUUUCUGAAAAAUGUUUAGGUUUUCUUUAUUAUUCCCACAGAAAGUGCAGGAAUGUUGAGUGGGUUUAUUGGAUUUCAAUGAAGGGAGAAAAUACAGAACAAAAACUAUUAAAUGCUAGUUAAAUGAACUGGAGAGUGGAUGACAAAAUUGAUGCAAGCUGUAUAAUCUGCUUUUAGAGUAAGCUAUAUCAAUCACAGUGCUAUAUUAUCAUUAUAAUCUGAUGUACAAUACUUCUGCCUUUUGAAUUCUGUAAUGUGUCUGUUUUUAUUUCCACAUAUUGAAAAGCAGUUUAUGGAAGGUUUCAGUGUCCCUGGUUCAAAAAUCUAUGCUGGGAAAUGGAGUUGGCUGGCUUUUUCUUUUCAUGUUCUCAAAGAUUGCAAUAAGGAGCUUUACAUGUUAAAUGUAUCAUUGUUGCAUUGAUGAUGAUAAACCACUUUUGCCAUAGCUGUUAAGACAUUGAAGGAAAUAGGAGCUUUUUGGUAGGAUGUCUUAUUUUGAACACACUAUAAAUUUGAGAUGGGUCUGUCACUUAUAUUUGAUGGUAAAGUUUUCAGUGUUGGAUCCAUGUUUGCUUUGGGCUAUCGAUGUUGAAAAAUGCCACAAAGGGAACUGGUUUGGCAUUUUGAAAUCAUCAUGGUUUCUGUGGUCCUUUGCUUUUGUUUUGAGAUUGCAUAUUUUAUUUGGCGUGAAAAUCACCCGUGUGCAGCAGCUCUCCUCCAGGAUGCCAAGGCCUGCCUUCUGUAGGGGAAUGUUUACCUCAAGAGAACAUACUCUGCAAAUGUGGUAUCGGGAAAUGCCAGGAACUAAAUCAUUUCAGAUCACUGAUUUUCUCCAGGCAUUGGUCAAGGGAGGGCAGCAGAUGAGAAUAGGAAGCAAAUGUCUCUGUAGCAGCAUGAGAGGACUUUUGCUGAUUUUAUUUGGUUGCCACUGUUCUUUGAUUGCCACAUUUUAAACAAGCUCCUAAAAACGGUGUGACUGGAAAGCACAUUUUUGAGUCUAGCAAACAUCAUUUGCAGUUUUCAGUGCCUGCCGUUCCUUUUGUAACUAAAAAGGGGAAGUAUCCAACAAUCUCACCUCCCCCAAAAUAUUACUGUAAUAGUAACCAUUACAUUUUUUUGUAAAAAAAAUUUUAAAAAACUUUAAAAAAAGCAAGUACCAAGAGCUUUGUAUCUUCUUGAGUAUAUUAAAAAUUUGACAUGAAUACAUAUAUAUAAAUAAAUAAAAAGUCUAUAUAUCUAUAUAUAUAUAUUGUUGUGCAGAGAAUAGGUUAACAAAACCAUGUAAAGUAGUUUGCAGGAGAGGGAAGCAUUUGUUGAUUCAGGGAAAAGACUGAUGCCAGAAGCUGUCAGUGAUUUGGAUGAUACGUGUGCUGCUUCGCACCCUCCCUUUUUGACCCUCAUCUUCCACAUACGUUGCAGUGUCAUUCUGGAUCCUGGGGAAGGUGAAGUUGCUUGGAGCAAAUCAACAUAGCAAAAGAUUUGUUUUAUCACCUGCAUGAGAGUCCUAUUGGGCCAAAGAUGCUCAGCGGAUCAAGGGAAGCAAAGAGAGGCACCUGUGACUAUCUGUGUCGGGGCAGUGUCUCUCUGUGUAGACAUAAAGUGGCAAUGAAACCAGAUACAUCGUUGACUGUAUAUUAUAUCAAUGGUGCUCUUUUCAUACUUGUUCUGCCAAUACGCGGAGACCCUUUUAACCAAGCUACACAGAAGAG